AUGAAAGAACACAAUGAGAAGACAAAAAUGUGUUUAUAUGUUAUUGGAGUCAGCAUUGUUAAUUCUCAGACUGGGGCAGUGGACACAGCAAGAUCACUGCUGUGUCUCCCUAGUUCCAAUGGUUGUACCUGUACACUUCCUGUUCUGCUUACUGGAGGAAACAAAAGAAAAGGAAGUGUAGCCACACCACUUCACUUAUUUGGAAAGGCACAUCAUACUAUGGUACUUAAAGUCACACUGGGUACUAGGGAGGCUUAA